CUGCGAUCUCUCCCUACGUGUCAUCACGUGACGAGUAUAGUAUUCUCGUUCUAUCAUACGCAUUCGACUUUCGCUCUCUGUCCAUUUCACACCUUUUGGGAAGCUAUAAAUUCGGAAGUUUUCGCGUUAAAAGAGAGUCCGUUGCGAGUCGUCAACCGAUGACUAGCCUCGUGCUCACCUUUGCCUCUGGCCAAUGCUCAUAGUGAGCCUAUACCGUUGCCUUCUAGUUGUGAAGCUUUCGCUUAUGCGACUUAUCUCGUUUUGAGAAAUUAAUUUGUUUCUAUGCCGUAUUUUGCCAACAAUUAUUGUAUUAUUUAGCCGACAGGUUUUCGAUUUGCGUAUCGUCUAGAGUCAUUGUGUAUUAUUUCUUGGGAAAUUAUGCUGGUUAUAUCAUUAGUGUUUAAUACUUCGGCUUUGACGUUCGAUUCCAUUUGCGUACAGUUACGUCUCGUUCUCUUUAGAUUUGUGACUCGUUAAGUUGUAUUUUUUUUUGCUAGUUACGCCAUUCGUUCUCAAGCCUUGGUUUUGUGGAUUAAUUGUGCUUUUUUCCAAUGGUUUUGAAAGUAUUAGAGUGUUCGUGUCGCCUUAGUAAAAUCAGAUGUCGGAAUUUUGAGCCGUUCUGGCCGUUAGGGACUCAAGGUCAAGUACCGUUGAGUAUAGAGUGCCGUAUUUGGCGUAUUCGAUAUUUCGAGUGUUGACUGCGUAUGCUUUCGUUAAAGCAAAUCCCAAUUUAUUGUGUUAGGAAUGCGAGUACAAUUUCGACACGUAUAUCGCGCCUUAUUCGGAUUCCUUUCGGGUUUAUUAAUUGCGUUCAACUCGGGAUUUGAUCAGAAUCAAUUCAUUCGACAGGGAUGGUUGUUUAUACUGAUCUUGGCCUAGUUACCGUGUUCUCAGUUUUUCGGUAUUAUUUUUCUUGCGUCUACUGUCGCGUUUUCAGUCAUUCUUAUAGGGAUAGAAGUAGAGAAUUAAUUUGAUUUUGGCUCUAUUUCUGGUUCUUUGUCUACUCAAAAUUGAUCGAGUCAAUUUUGCAUUCUUUUAUUGCCAUUGUUGAAUCUUGUAUUUCUCUCUCUUAGGCGAAAAUUUGUUCUUUUUAUUGAGUUCAGUAUUAUAUGGAUUAUUAUUUAGUGUUGAUUUCUUUUGCGGUGAAUUUGAGUAGAUAUCUUUUCUGUAAAUUUACGAACAAUAUAGCCAUCUACAUUUCAGCAUUAAAAUUCAGCUUUCGUGUUUCCUUUUUUGAGAAUAAGAGCCCGAUAACCUGUUUCCACCUCGACCUACCCCUCUCUCCACAACCGACCCCCUGAGCAGCGCGAGCACCCUGUCACUUUUCCCUUGGCCCCUUAAUUUUAAGUUUUCUUUUGUGUUUUUGAAUCUUGGGUUUUCGUUGUAUUUUUCCGCUUCGUUCUAAUUUCGGUUUGUUGUUUCCGUCGAGACAAAGGACAACUGGCGCCCACAAUCAUCGAACUUCAGUUUUCUGACUUUAUCAAGGGAAAAGGGCGGGAUAACGUUCAUUUUUGUCCCAGCAAAAAUUUGAACACGUUACAAAUUUAAUUAACAAAUUUGAUGAUUGAAAAUGGUUGAAUCUGUAGUGUGGUCUGUACCAAAAAAUUACUGUCAUCUAUACUUGAAAAAUGUAGCCAACUUCACUUCAUUCGAGAUGAUUGAACCCCACGUGAUUAAAAAUGUCCUCGAGACUCCCUUUUCACUCCCCCUUGGAGUGGCAAGUGCCUUCGUAAGACAAAAAGUGAAGAUAGAACGAAAAUUGUAAAUUAAAAAAAUUGAAAAUGUCGACUUUUGUGUAUUUCGCUUAUGGAAGUAAUUUGUUAGCUAAAAGAAUUCAUAUUAAUAAUCCCACUGCUGUCAGGAGAGGCAUUGGACGUCUGAAGGACUUUAGACUUGAUUUUACGAGAUAUUCUGAGAGGUGGAGGGGGGCUUCGGCGACAAUAGUCCCGACUCCGGAUGCCCACGUGUGGGGGGCCAUUUGGGAAAUUGAUCUGAGUAAUUUGGACGAUUUGGAUCGCCAGGAGGGAGUUGAUGAUGCAAUUUAUUUUCCACUUGACGUCGAUGUGGAGAGCGCUGCGGGAGAGACUGUCAAGUGUCGGGUUUAUCAGCAGUGUAAUAAUCCGAGGGAGUAUGUCCAUGUAGCGGAAUUGCCGGAGGAACGACAGCCUUCAUUGGUUUAUCUAACGACAAUAUUCAAAGGCGCCGAAGAAAGUGGAAUUCCCACCCCCUACAUAGAUUAUCUGAAGUCUAUCAGGCAUAACGGAUACGCAGGCGAAAUAGAUAUCGGCCUGGCUCUGAAUGAAAUCUGAAGGAGUUGAUGGGAGCAUCUCCAGCAAACUCUCGAUACUGAGGGCUUUCCGAGGCCAGUCGAGCCGCUUCCUCACCAGUGAGGGUGUCCAGUAUUUCUCUGCGGACCUUGAGUUUGUCGAGAACGUUACCGUUCACCUAAAAAUAUUGACCAUUCAUUUAUUUUUGUAUCAAUUAACGUAAAUAGAAUAAUAAAAUUUGAAAAAUCAUAAAUUUCAUUAAA